AUGGCCUCUUGCCCAGAACAGAUUGAACUCUCCCCAAAAGAGCUUAUUUGCUCUGUCUGUGAAUGUUACUUCACAAACCUAAUAUCCUGGAAGUGUGGCCACCGUUUUUGCCAUAGUUGCCUCUUCAAGACGGAGCAGAAAGCCUCUACCUCUUUCACCUGUCCAGAAUGCAGGAGACUCUCUCAGUCAAGAGAUUUCACAGCCAAUGAUCAUCUUGGGAAAUUUCCAGCCUCAAAACGAAGACUCUAUCCUUCAUUGAACCUUGAAGAAUAUGGCAAAUGUAAGAUACAUGAAAAAGAUCAUAAAUUGUUCUGUGAAGAUGACCAGAGUCCAGUCUGUGUGUCCUGUUCUCAAUCCCAGGAGCAUGAAGGUCAUAGGCUUUUUUGUAUAGAUGAGGCUGCUGAGAAUGUCAGGGAAGAAAUGGAAUUGCAGAAGAAGUUUGCUUUUCGGGAAUACUGGAAAUUAAGUGAAUUAAUGAAUGAGGAGAAGGAUUCAUGUGUAUCAUUUGUGCAAAGAAAGGGGAGGGCCAAUUUGGAAGGCCUGAACAAGACAUUAAAGGCACUGUCCUGCCAGAAUAAAGAAUUAAGGGAGACGGUCACAAAGUUGCAGGAGGAGUGGAAGAAACCAGAUGUAGAAUUGCUCCAGGAUAUGAAAAGAAUAUUAAACAGGAAUGAAUUUGUGCUGCAGAAAAAAGUGGAAACCUUCCAAGCACAAAUGAUUGUCUGUAUAGUCCCUGGAGUGAUGGAAAAAAUGUUCCAUUUCAAAGUGGACAUCACUCUGGAUUGUAACACAGCUGAUUCAGGUCUCAUUAUAUCUGAGGAUCUGAAGAGUGUGAGAUAUGGAGGUGUCCAGGAUGAAUUGCCCAAUGACACCCAGAAAAUCCAGAUUUUUAUAAGGCGCAUGAAUUAA